GAGCCGAAGAAUUCCAAUAAGCCGCAGUUGAGAGGCGGGCAAGAUGGCAACCGCCGCUAAGACAGAGAACGGGACGGCGGAGACUGAGGAGCUGGCCGCGCCCCAGGAGCGGAAGCUGGAACGGGAACGGGAGCGGAGCAGAGACUUCCUGCGCGGCCUGGAACUGGUGAAGCAGGGGGCGGAGGCGCGCGUGUACCGCGGCCACUUCCUGGGCCGCCCGGCGGUGAUCAAGGAGCGCUUUCCGAAGCGCUAUCGGCACCCGGCCUUGGACACGCGGCUGAGCCGCCGGCGCACGGUGCAGGAGGCUCGGGCCCUGCUGCGUUGCCGCCGCGCUGGAAUAUUAGCCCCAGUUGUCUUUUUUGUGGACUAUGCCUCCAAUUGCCUAUACCUGGAAGAUAUUGAAGGAUCCUUGACUGUCAGGGACUAUAUUCAAUCAAUUCAGGCCACUGAGACAGAUCCAGAAAAACUCUCCCUCUUAGCAAAAAAGAUCGGGAAGGUUCUGGCACAAAUGCAUGAUGAAGAUGUUAUUCAUGGAGAUCUCACCACCUCAAACAUGCUUCUGAAAAUGCCUACUGAACAGCUAAGCCUGGUACUCAUAGACUUUGGGCUCAGUUUUAUUUCUGCUCUUCCUGAAGAUAAAGGUGUAGACUUAUAUGUCCUAGAAAAGGCCUUCCUUAGCACACACCCCAACACUGAGACACUGUACCAAGACCUUCUAAAAAGUUACUCAUCAGAAUCCAAGAAGUCAGGCCCUGUGCUUAAAAAGUUAGAUGAGAUACGACUGAGAGGAAGGAAGCGAUCUAUGGUUGGAUAGAAGAUUCUGUGGUAGUUCCACAUAGUUCAUUUCCAAAUAAAUUUCCCAGGGAGGCUACCAAAA